AGUGUGUGUAGAGCCUGCUGCGUGCCUGCGCUUGGCGUCGUCGCGUGCGUACGUCCGAGCCGGGUCCGCACUUGGCCGGCAGUCAUCGUGUGUGACCCAAGUCUCUGUCAGUGAUGUAAGCUUCUGUUCGUUCCGAGGACACCACCCCUACCGACAAUGAGCGUGUGCAGCCGAAUUUGUUUAGCUAUUGUUGCAGUAUCAUUGCUUUUUGAUGUGGAAGCGCGAAGCAUCGCUAGUGAGCACGAGGACGUUCGUAAAGGUUGCGGUUGGGAACGUACGUCUCCUUACGACGUGGGACACGGAAAGGAUGAAGACGCAGUCAGACUAGAUUGUCAGCUACGCACUAUCGACGGGAUGCAAAGCGUAAUAGAGAACCUGACACUACCACAGAUAGACAAGGUCCAGUCGCUACGUAUUGAGUGCAGCGACGUGCUUUUCUACGAGAGUAAAGUGUCGGGAGAUGGUCUACCCGAUCACACCGGCCGUGGCUUCCUGUCACAGCUACGUCGCCUCCGAGAGCUCAGCAUCGAGACUUGCAAGAUCCUACAACUGCCACGGGCCGCCUUUUCGUCGCUGAGGGACCUACGAAAUUUGACGGUGCGUACGUACAUCAGGGAGUGGCUUGCGGCGACGGCGCUCGAAUUCGACCAGGAGACCUUCCUCGGCCUGUCAGAACUUCGCAGCCUCGACCUCUCGCACAAUAACAUAUGGAAGCUGCCGGACGCACUCUUUUGCCCACUGUUUUCGCUGUCUCGACUCAAUAUGUCGCACAACAGGUUGCAAGACAUGUUAGAACUGGACUUCUCCGCGUCUGCUGGCAAGACGUGCAGCUUGGUGCUAGAAUUCCUGGACCUCUCCCACAAUGACAUUCCCUGUGUUCCUGACAACGGACUGACAAAUCUCCGUUCGCUACGAGAGCUGUACUUGCAGAACAACGCUAUUACCUCGCUGGGCGACAGCGCUUUCAGUGGAGUAAAUAAACUGCAAGUACUGAAUGCGUCUAGUAACGAGUUGGAGGCGCUUCCUCCCGAGGUGUUCCAGCCUACUCGGGGUCUGCGAGAGAUUUAUUUGAGAAAUAACUCCAUCAGCGUGCUGGCACCGGGGCUGUUAGAGGGACUAGAUCAGUUAACUGUCCUGGACCUGUCGCACAACUACCUCACUUCUUCUUGGAUCAACAGGAAUACUUUCAGCGGGCUCGUUCGUCUCGUCGUGCUUAAUCUAGGUUAUAACAACAUCGCCCGCGUCGAUCCGCACGUUUUCACUGACGUGUACAGUCUACAAGUUCUGAACUUGGAGCACAACGGAAUUGACACGAUAACGGAGGGCGCGUUCAGCGCCCUGAGCAACCUGCACGUGCUCACGCUGAGCCACAACAAACUCGCACACGUCGACUACUACUACUUCAGCGGGCUGUUCGUCGUCAACCAGCUCUACCUGGACAACAACAAGCUGACUGCCAUUCACCAGCGGGCCUUCGAGAACUGCACUCACCUGCAGGACUUAGGGCUGAGCAACAAUCUCCUCACGGUGGUUCCUGCCGCCCUCGCAGGUUCGUUCGCCAACAACCCGCUUCUCCGGAUGCUGCGUCUGGACGGGAAUCAGCUGACGGACAUUAGCGGCAUUGUGUCUCAUCUGCCAGGACUGAUAUGGCUGAACGUCUCCAACAACCGUAUCGAGUGGUUCGACUAUUCCUUCGUGCCCCACAGUCUUCAGUGGCUCGACUUGCAUAAGAACAAAUUAAAGGAACUACGAAAUUACUACGAAACUGGCAGUACCCUCCGACUUCUAAUGAUAGAUGCCAGUUUCAACUACAUAACGGAAAUUGGCGAAUCUUCGUUGCCAGACAGUGUGGAAGUCGUGUUCUUAAAUAACAAUCGGAUCACUACUGUCGCACCGAAUACGUUUAUUAAGAAGACGAAUCUCAGCAGAGUCGUGCUGUAUGCCAACAACAUAGAGAAGAUGGACAUGAGCGCACUGACAGUGAAUCCGUUGCCGGAGGAGAGAGAGCUGCCGCAGUUCUAUAUCGGUGGCAACCCUUUCGUGUGCGACUGCGACAUGGAGUGGCUGCAGCGUAUCAACCACCUGGGCUACCUGCGCCGGCAUCCCGUAAUACUGGACUUGGACACCAUCGUGUGCACGCUGGUUUUCUCUAGAGGCGUAAAGACGAAGCCACUGAUGGAGGUGGAUCCGUUGCACUUCGUCUGCACGUACGAAAUGCACUGCUUCGCCCUGUGCCACUGCUGCGACUUCGACGCGUGCGACUGCGAGAUGGCUUGCCCCGACAACUGUACGUGUUACCACGAUACGGCUUGGGCCAGUAACAUCGUCGACUGCGCAAAUGCGGGCUACAAGCACGUGCCGCACAGGAUACCUAUGGACGCGACCGAGAUAUAUCUCGACGGAAACGAUAUCGGGGAAUUGCCGAGUCACGUCUUCAUCGGCAAGAAAAAACUCGAGGUGUUGUUUCUCAACAACAGCAAUAUCGAAAACAUCAACAACAAGACAUUCAACGGUGUGACGUCUCUGCGGGUGUUGCAUUUGGAGAACAAUCGCAUCCGGGAACUCCACGGUUACGAGUUCGAGAAAAUGAGCACCUUGAACGAACUGUAUCUGGAGAACAACGAGAUCGCGAGUGUGGGCAAUGCGACGUUCGCGGACAUGCCGCACCUGGAGGUGCUGCGCCUGGAAGGGAACCGGCUGGAAGACUUCAGGCCGUGGGAGCAGCUGGCGGAGAGCACGCAGACGCGGCUCACGGUGGGCGGCGCGGGCAACGUGUGGCGCUGCGACUGCGAGAGCGCGGCGCGCCUCCGCGCCUGGGCGCACCGGGACACGCUCGAGCGCCUCGCGUGCGCCGCGGGGGGCAGCGUGGCCGACGCGCUGCUCCGCUGCGACCGGCCGCGCCGCGGCAACGACGCCGCGCCCUCCUCCGUGGUGCAGCGCGGCCCGGCGGACGCGGACGGGGCGGCCGGCUCGGCCUUCGCCACCUACGCACCUUUCCUCGCCGCCGCCGUCGCCGCGCUCCUGCUCGCCGCCGCCGCCGCCCUGGGCUACCGCUUCCGCCACGAGGUCCGCUUCUGGGCGCACUCGCGCUACGGCGUGCGCCUCUUCGGGACGGCGCCCGCCGCCGACCACGACGACGACCGAGAGCGACUGUACGACGCCUACAUCGUGUACAGCGUCGGCGACGAGGACUUCGCGGAGCGCCUGCUGGCGGCCGAGCUGGAGCAGCGCGGGUACGCCGUGUGUCUGCACUACCGGGACAUCCAGGUAGACCCCGAGUCGGUGUACCUGGCGGACAGCGUGGCGAGCGCCGCGGAGGCGUCGCGGCGCCUGCUGGUGGUGAUGUCGCGCUGCUUCAUCGACUGCGAGUGGACGCGGCCGGACUUCCGGCGCGCGCUGGGCGCCGUGCUGUCGGCCGAACAGAACCCGGGCCGCCUCGUCGUGCUCGUCAAGUGCGAGCCCAGCCCCGACCUGCGGCCACUGCUGCGCGGCUGCGUGCCCAUCGCGUGGGGCGACCGCCGCUGCUGGGACCGCCUGUGGUACGCCAUGCCCGACGUGCGGCGCCGCGGCGGCCGGCCGCUGCCCGCCGCCACCGCCGGCGCACCCGCAGCCGCGGCGGGCCCCGUCGCCACCGGCCGCCAGCGACAGGGUAAGACCGCCGCCACUGCCGCCGCCGCCGCCGCCGCCGCCGCAGGCGUUCGCCCCGUCGCGCGCUACACGGCCGCGCCCACGGCGCCCGAGCCGCGCGUCCACGGCCAGCAGCAGCAGCCGCCGCCGCAGGCCGCCGCCCGGCGCCAGCCCGCGCCGUCGGCCCCGCAGCAGCAGCAGCCGCAGCGGCACCCGCACCUGCACGCCCUGCGCCACACGCCGACCACGACGCCGACGCAGUCGACGUACGUGUCGGAGAACUCGUCGCAGCGCACCACCGACCACGAGGAGGAGGACGAGGAGGAGUACGGGCCGGGCCUGCACCGGCACAGCUACAUGCAGAUCGCCGACGCCGGUGGCGAGCAGACCGUGCACGUGUACAGCAGCAUCCCGGACACGCUGCCGCUGCGCGCCGUCGGCGCCAACGGCAGGACGUAUUUCGUGUAAGCCGCGCCCCGCCGCGCCGCGCUGCGCCGCGCGUUGCGCAUUACACUUCACAGUAUUAUAAACUUUGCAUUUACCUUAUAAAGGACAAAGACUGUGGAUAUGGCGUUGAUCGUCACCCGCGCAUUCGGGGCAGAAACUCUGGUCAUCCCUCUCGCGACUGAGAGUCAAGGUACGUGUGAAAUUGUACGAUUUUGUCGUAAUCGUUCACUGUUACGAAAGUACGUGUACCGUGAAAGUGUCUGUUAUAACGACGAAUUACGAUGUACUUUGCCGUAAGCUACAAUUUGUGUGUGUUUAUUCUAAGUCUUAUAUCUGAAACCAAAUAUUUGUUGUAAGAUUUCGAGAUGUUAGCCUAACAGAAGGUCGUAAACCGAAUGCGGGACGGUGCGCGCGAGGUGCAAUCUUUACUUCGGUGUAAUUUUCCACUACUUUAUUAAAAAUACGUUUUUAUUUCUGUGCGCUUUCGAUAGACUUUAUUUCUCCCGAAAUUUAAAAUACCCGUAAAACUGCAAUUUGCAUUUUGAGAUCGAGAACGAUUUUACCUUCUGUCAGAAUCGUAAUUUUAAACUCGUGUGACUUUUUUGUUAAAUUACCGAUAUCAAAUCUCUGCUUUUAUUUUUAAAAAUUAGACUCGUGUUUGCGCCUCGCUUUCCUUCUGUCAGGCAUCUUGAGAGAAUUAAUGUCGAUGUCCUUAUUUAAUUAUGUGUAAUAAUUUUUUUGCACUGGUACUUGCUUGUAGUUCCCUUCCUGAGGAGACAUCAGUCUACCGUGUAUUAUUUUCUAGUUGUCCUGCUGUAUGCCUGAUGACUGUGAUAACAACUGUACUGACAA